AAAACAUCCUGGCAGCGCUCGGCCGUUAGUGACGCUGCGGCCGGAGGAGGAAGUGGAUCUCUGCGGUUCAGCUGCUCCACAGUUACAACACACCGAGCUUCAGGGGCACGAGCUGCACGAGCUGCACCACCUGCACCACCAUGUCCGAGGGAGACAACAAGAGCGCCAACAUGCUGGCUCAGGAAACCGCCCAGCUGGAGGAGCAGCUGCAGGGCUGGGGUGAGGUGAUCCUCGCCGGGGACCGAGUGGUGCGCUGGGAGAAGCCCUGGUUCCCUGGAGUCCUGAUGGGCGCUACCACCUUGCUCUUCCUGAUGAUUUACUACCUGGAUCCAUCAGUGCUGACUGGGCUGUCCUGCACCGUCAUGUUGCUCUGCCUGGCGGAUUAUCUGGUGCCCACCCUCGCUCCCAGAGUCUUCGGCUCCAAUAAGUGGACCUCUGAGCAGCAGCAGCGUUUCCAUGAGAUCUGUGGAAACCUGGUGAAGACCCAGCGUCGGGUCGUGGGCUGGUGGAAGCGUCUGUGCGCCCUCAAGGAGGAGAAGCCCAAAAUGUACUUUGCCUCCGUGAUCAGCAGCCUGCUGGCAGUGGCCUGGAUCGGACAGCAGGUGCACAACCUGUUCCUCACCUACCUGAUUGUGAACUUCCUGCUGCUGCUGCCCGGCCUCAACCAGCACGGCGUCAUCUCGAAGUACACCGCCAUGGCCAAGAGGGAGAUCAACAAGCUGCUCAAACAGAAGGAGAAGAAGAACGAGUGAACGGAAGAGUGGACGAAGAGGGGAUUCUCUGAAAGAUGAAUAAGACACAAAGUGGAAGGAAGUUUUGAGAAAGGGCCUCCUUUGUUCACGUCUCUGCCACAGAGCGAGACACUUUUUUUUUUUUUUUUUUCUUCAUGUGCUGAAUAAGUUUCACUUCUCUCUCUCUCUCACUAUUUGACAUUUCAUCACAUUUUAUUUUCUCAUGAAUUUUCCAUGCAUGCAGCCACAUGACGGUUCUGACACAAGUUUAUCUAAAGCACUGAAACAUUCUGCAGCACGUUACACACACACACACACACACACACACAGUUUAAAUCCUCCUCCUGUCUCUUAUUUUAAACGUGCUUUGUUUUAAGAUGUUAGUGAUGCUUUUAAGCCAUUCCCUCUUCAUGGACUAAGUGACUACUGAGCAGUUUUUGUAGCAUUACUGCAUCAUAUUCUCCGAUUCUUCACACUAGAGUUUUUUUUCUCAGGACAGUUUUUGUCAGAUGAGAACAGGUCAUUAGUGUUUUUUGCUUUAUUUGUAUUUAACUUGGCACUAAAACAGAACUGGAUUUAAAGCUGAGCUCAUCAGGAGCUCAACCGUGUCUAGAUGCAGACAUACUGCUGCUAGCUGGACUCUGGUCUAUUAGCUCUUAUAUAAAACCACACAGUGUGUUACUGGUGUGGGCUGUUUCUGUGUAAAUAGACCUAUCCCUCCCCCCGUCCCUGUCAGUCAACCUUUUCUCUAUUCUCGUUAUUUAUGUGUUAUUUCCUCUUCAGUCUGAUCACUGUCUGUCAGCUCAUUUCAUUAUUUGUCUUUAUUGGAGAUCUUAUGAAAACGAUUAAAGUUUGAUUUAAGUGAAAA